AUGUAUGACGUAUUAGCUAAUAUACGGUAUGACGGUCUAUCACAAAGAAGAAGAACGCUAUCGACGCCAUUUGUGUAGGAAGUCCUCUGUUGAACGUGAUUCACGCGGUUGCACGGCAGACACAGAAGGCUGAAGAACGUUGUAAUUGUGACAAUUGUUAAUUGAUCAAAAUGCCUUAUUAUGGAGUAGCCAAAGGUCGUAAUACUGGAGUGUAUGACAAUUGGGAGGAUUGCAAAGACCAAGUAAAUAGAUACUCGAAUAACAGCUAUAAGAAGUUUGAUACUCCAGCUCAAGCUCAUGACUUUAUUGAUCAACAAUCUUCAAGAAGCAAUACUCAACUAGAGGGACGUCAUAUGGAAGCUAAUAGCUAUCAUCGUACUGAGUAUACGAGUGGUAGAAAUACCACUAUCGUGCACGAACGUUCUUACGCGAGUGGUACGGAUGGAAAUCGCCAUUUCGUCGAGAACUCUACACGCACUUCCUGGCAAAAACAUUAAAAAAAAAAAAAAAUACCACGAAAGACUGUUCUUUUUUCUUAUAUUAAAGAAUUAACCGUGUAAGACAUAGACAUGCUUAAGUUCAUAAAGUUAUAAUUAGUUGGAAUAUGUUAUUUUGAGUUUUACAUUAUCCAUUAUAUACAAGAGUUACUGAUGAUUACUUAAGUUCAUACAUCUUAUUACUUAUUUUUUUUUUAAGCAUGUCAUGAUUAAUAAAUAUUACUGAAAUACUAUAA